AUGGCGGGGUUGGUGCGGCAACCUCAACGAUUUACACAUGAAGAAUGGACGUAUAGCAACAAUUUGAAGUACCGUAGCGCGGAAAAGGAACGUGAAAUAUCACAAGGGCUACAAAAUGAGUGUGAUAGACUGAUUGAGGAAACAGCCAAACGCACUGAAAAAACCCUAAAAGAUGUGGAGAAAAAGUUUGAUCAAAGAAUUGCCAACGUUAAGUACUGGGAAUCAGAAGUCAACAAGAAACUGCAGGAUAUUACAGACGAAACUGAAAUAUUGGAUGAGUAUUUUAUCCGAUUGAGGAAAACACUCGAAGCAACCGAAGAACCUCUCCACUUUGCUCAACAGUGUUUACUCAGUCGUGAGGGAAGAACAGGUAUUGAUCUCGUACACGAUGACGCACAAAUGGAGCUCAUAAAAGAGAUAGAAGUAAUAAAACGAGCUCAAACAAUCUUACAGAGAACUGUUGAGCAAGCUAAAGAACAACUGAGAUUAAAUCGUAAAGCAAUUUACAAUAUGAAAAAGGACUCUUCUGAUAAACUACAAGCACAACAUCUUGAUGAAUAUGCUCUUAGUUUAAAGCCAACUGAUGAAUUACUAUCUGGAUCUACUAAUGUUCCAAAAGUUGAGCCAAAUUCCUUUACUCCAGAAGAAUGGCAAACAUUUUCAACUGCCUCAAUAGAAAAUGGGGAUAAACAAUUGCAAAAUUCACAUGAAUUAAGAAGCAUUGUUGAUGGAAUUAUACAACAAGUUGCAUCUGACAUAAAACGUCAAAUUGAAGCAACUAAUCGUGCUUUGAACAAAAGAAUUUCAGAAACCCGAAGCUCUAAAGCUAAAUUAGAAGAACAUUUGAGUGCAAUUAUCAAAGAAAUUUCAAAUAUGGAAGAUACACUCCAUGAAUUAGAAAAGGCUAUCAAAGAAAAAGAUGGUGCUCUACGUCUAGCUGGAACUCGUUUAGGUAUACGUAAAGAAAGACCAAAUGUUGAAUUAUGCCGAGACCCAGCAAAUUAUCGACUAAUUCAAGAAGUAGAAGAAAUUAAACGCGAUGUUGAACAACUUAGACAAAGGUUACAUGCAGCACAUGACUCCUUGAAAGCUUUAUGUCGUCGUCAGUUGGAUUUGGAGGAAGAAAUUCAAAUUAAGGCUGCAACUUUGUUUAUUGACGAAGUACAAUGUAUGGGUAUACGAGAAAGCAUAAAAUUUAGUUCAUUUUAA